AUCACUAGUGUCACGCAAAUGGAAUGUCAUUGACCGACUUAUCACACGUAGGGUUUCUAAUUGGAUUAUGGUUAUAACUAAAAAUCGGUUUUAGUGUUAAUUUUGUUAACUGAAAAUACAAUUAGUCACCAAGAUGUGGCUAGACGAGGCGGACGGCUUUGCCGAGAUUUUUAAGGGCUACUUGCCCUAUUAUUUGCUUGUGGCUCUACCUAUUUUUAUCAUAAUGUCCCCUGUGAACCCGGUGGCUGCUUCUCAUGAGUUUUCCGUGUACAGAAUGCAACACUACGACUUACACACCGUUCCCCAUGGAUGCCGCAGUGCAAGCUUCAACUUGGAAGGUCGCUCUCUAACAUCGUGGAGCACUUCUCGUCACUGCGUCGUCGCUAGGGUUCAGGACAUCAGCAUUGAACAGUUCAUGGAGAUUCGCAGCAAAGCCGGAGCCCUACUGCUGGUGCUACCCAAAAACGACACUGUUCUUACUCCUGAGGAAAAAGAGCACAUCCAACUCCUAGAAAUGGCAAUGAUCCAACAAGAAGUGAGUGCCCCAGUCUACUUUGCUCGCUGGUCUCCGGACUUCGAGGAUAUUCUCCGAGACCUACAGCACAGCUUCAUCACUGAUGACAAAUCAGGAACUGCUCUGGAAGCUAUGAUGAACUCUGUGUCUUCUAAUGGAUAUCAGAUUGUGGUGUCAGCCUCAACUCCCGCUAAACUGGACUCCAAGCCAGUGACCCUACAUGGCAAGCUGGUUGGUCGCUCCGGGUCAGCACAAACUAUCGUCAUUGCGGCUCACUAUGACUCUUCCGCUGCUGUUCCUGAACUAUCUCAAGGCGCAGACUCCAACGCAUCAGGCGCGGUUGCAAUACUGGAACUGGCGCGAGUAUUCUCUCGCCUGUACAGCAACGCGGCAGUGAGGGGCGCUCCCUCCAUACUCUUUGUACUGACGUCUCUGGGACACUCACUCAACUACUUCUCAGCUAAGAAGUGGCUCGAGGAACAGCUGGAUUCUACGGACGCUGCGUUGUUGCAAGACGUAUCAUUCGUAAUGUGCCUGGACUCGAUAUCCUCGGCCCCUACAAUGACGAUGCACGUGUCAAAGCCCCCCAAGCCGGGCGGCGCGGCCCACUCCAUCAAGUCGCGGCUCGGAGUCAACAUCAACCACAAGAAGAUCAACCUCGCUGAUGAAUUACUCGCCUGGCAACAUGAGAGAUUCAGUAUUAGACGGAUGACUGCGUUCACGCUUAGUUCUUUGCAGAGCCACAAAGACCCAGCCCGCAGCACGCUACUCGACACUCCGUCGGAGAGUGCCAUCAGGAACCUCGCGGACAACAUCGCGCUCACUGCCAGGGCCCUCGCCUCGCACAUAUACAACCUCACCGAUGAACUCAACCAGGAGGAUGCUGAGCUGUAUAAUGAUGCUUUGGGAGUGGACGAGGCGGCAAUAAGACAUUGGUACACAUACUUAUCGUCACAACCGCGAGCACCUCAGGUUGUCACCACUACACCGCCUAAUGCAGGAGUGACAGGCGCCCUAGAGCGAGCCCUGUCCCGCUAUAUGGACGUGACAGUGAGCACCCACACCGUGGACAAGCGGGAACCUGAGUUCACACUGUACGGACCUACUAGGGCGUCGCUCUAUGUGUAUAGUGUAAAACCAGCGGUCUUCGAUCUAAUACUUACGUUAGCGAUAGUAGCUUACCUAACCAUAGUCUACUUUGCUAUACAAUUGUUCCCGCGAUUCUACGAAGAAUACGCUAAAAUAGUUACAGGUAAGUCCAAAGUACACUAGCUUCUUCCCAUGUGGUGUGGAGAAUGUUCCAGAACGAUCCAAGAUGGCCGCGCUAAUAUUAUGUGUAGGUGACACUCGCUAGAUGUAGUUUACGUGUUCUAUACGAAUGUAUUUUAAAAAAGAGUGUUGGUUUUUGUUGUUAGAUGUGUUUGUAAUAAUAGAGUAAUGCUCUACUAGUUUCGAGUGAUACCGGGACUCAUAUUUGUGGGUAACGUAAGUGCAGAUUUAAUAUCUAUUGCCGUUGCAAUAGAUUAUAACCUUGUUAGGUUAAUGAUGUCACUAGACAUAAACAUGGUAUUAUAUUAAUAUCUUUAAAAAAAGCAUUAAAUAUAAAUAUUACUUAGAAUUACUCAAUUGCAUAUAAAACAUCUAACAAUAUAAACCAACAAAUAAAAGGAUUGGUUGUACACAAAAGAGAUAAUGAAUUGUUGAUACAGUUUGAUGCAUUUAUUUUUAAAAUAGUUGCAAAUCUAUACAUUUUAAUAGCAUAGCUAUUUGUCCUAAAGACUCAUUGAAGUGCAAAUUGUUCUAGCGUUAUUAUAAGGUUUAAAAAUACAGUUAAAACUACGUACUACAAAGGGAAUAUGAAUCCUAUGACAUAUAACUUAACUUUCAAUAUUGAUUGUCCGUACUCAAAUCUUUAGUCAAUUUUAAAGUAGUUAUUCUAAACUGAUUGAUAUGAAAUUUUGUAUACACAUGUAACUUUAAUGACAAUACAUUAUAAGUCAAGUGACGUCACUCUAAAUCCAAGAUGGCGGACUAUGUGUCCUAAGCAGUCGAUUGUCAAACUAAAGCUCUUAUAAAUAGGGUUCAAUUUCGUAUGUUGUGGUACGUAGUAACACGAUUUGGACUUCAUUCCCACACCACGAAGUCAAUCUUAGUGCAUAAGUGUUGAACAAUUUGAUUUACAUAUUAAAGCGUAAGUUUUCACAAAAUAAUUUAUGAAGAAAAAGAAAA